GACAGCUUUUCGGCGGCGCCCGGCGAGAGGCGCGAGGGGAGACUGACGUGAGCUCAUCGGUCUCUCCCGGGGGGAAGCCGGCGUCGAGAGGAGCUGAGCCCCAGCGGGGCCUGGCCUGUGGAGGCCUUCGCCAGCCGCGGGGCCGCGCCAGGCAGCCGCCGCCUCGUCCCACUUCUCCCCCGAGGCGCCGCACGGCCGGGCAGCGGACCCAGGCCUCGGCCGGCGCCGGGCCUCCGGGGCCCUCCCGGGCUCAGCAUGCCCGGGGUGAAGCUGACCACCCAGGCCUACUGCAAGAUGGUGCUGCACGGCGCCAAGUACCCGCACUGCGCCGUCAACGGACUGCUGGUGGCCGAGAAGCAGAAGCCGCGCAAGGAGCACCUUCCUCUGGGCGGCCCGGGUGCCCACCACACCCUCUUCGUGGACUGUAUACCCCUCUUCCACGGCACCCUGGCCCUCGCCCCCAUGCUGGAGGUGGCCCUCACCCUGAUUGAUUCAUGGUGCAAAGAUAAUAGCUAUGUGAUUGCUGGUUAUUAUCAAGCUAACGAGCGAGUAAAGGAUGCCAGUCCAAACCAGGUUGCAGAAAAGGUGGCCUCCAGAAUCGCCGAGGGCUUCAGCGACACGGCUCUCAUCAUGGUAGACAACACUAAGUUCACGAUGGACUGCGUGGUACCCACAAUCCAUGUGUACGAACACCACGAAAACAAAUGGCGCUGCCGAGACCCUCACUACGAUUACUGUGAAGACUGGCCAGAGGCCCAGAGGAUCUCGGCAUCACUCCUGGAAAGCCGGUCCUAUGAAGCGCUCGUGGAUUUUGAUAAUCACCUGGAUGACAUUCGGAAUGACUGGACAAACCCAGAGAUCAAUAAAGCUGUUCUGCACCUGUGUUAGGGAGGGAUCUCAGUGACUGGCCUCUGGGCAUUUCCGCUACACUGAAGAAGAAAAGCUAUUUUUAAAUGUAAAUAAAAUCUCUCAUAGCCCGUGUGUCAAGCUGACAGUUUACAGAAGUGGCAUGUGCCUUGCAAGAGGGCACAGUGUCCCGUCAGUCGUCUUUCUAAUGCAGAGCCUCGAGAACAGGCACAGACUGUCCCAUCUGACCAUCCCUGUGGACUCCUUCCCAGUUGUACGUUGCUAUAAUGCUUUAAAUCAAAGCUAUUUCUGCUUGUCCAAGAUUGUUCCUAUUAAACGAUUUUAACCUUUUAUAAUCUGGAGAGAAUACUUUUUUUUUUUUUUUUUUUUUUUCUUUGCGGUACGCAGGCCUCUCACUGUUGUGGCCUCUCCCAUUGCGGAGCACAGGCUCCGGACGCGCAGGCUCAACGGCCAUGGCUUACGGGCCCAGCCGCUCCGCGGCACGUGGGAUCUUCCCGGACCAAGGGACACGAACCUGUGUCCUCUGCAUCAGCAGGCGGACUCUCAACCACUGCACCACCAGGGAAGCCCUGGAGAGAAUACUUUUUAAGGCUUAUGAACUAUCUUUAAAAAAAAAAAAAGGCCCAGAUCUUAUACCCAAAUGAGAGUGCGUGUGAGUUUUCAUCCUGUUUGAGUUAAUAUCCAGACCCUGGGAUUGGGCAGGCACGUAGCGUGCGGGUGCUGAGCAGUGUCUGAGAGCUGUGUGCUGGUGUCAGCAGCUACGAACAGCACGCCCCCGCCCCCCCACUGUCAGGCUUCCGUAGCUGCCACGACUCUACACGUGGGAAUAAUGCCACAGUUGCCUGAGAAACCUUCACCAUUAAGGGUAAAAACAAACAUCGUUGGGAAGGCAGCUUGGAUGGGAGCACAGUGUAAUAAUCCUCAACCAGAAAGCUUGUAAACCUGUGGAACCAAAGGAAAAGUGGAACCAUGCUAAGAUUAUCUUCAAGAGGCAAGAAUCGGUCCUGACUCCCGACUGACUUGCAUGAUUGUCCAAAUGGUUCUAAUUUAUGUCUUCAAAACAAUUAUUUUUUUGUAUUUGAAGCAACAAAAGCAGAACAAAACUUAGGGUCCCGGAGUUUUACACUGCACUGUCUGUAAUCAUUAUACUUGAAACAAUCAGUCAAGCUUUUUAACCCAGUCGUAGGAAACUGAUGGGGAAACUUUAUGGUUCCAUUACAUCUUUUUCUUUUUUACAUGAAUUAUUUCACGCAGAGUUCAGAGAACUGUACCUUUGCUACUGUCCUUUUUUGGACUACAUGAAGGAAAUUUGUAACAAUCGGAUAAUCUAUUGAAAAGGUUUAUGACACAGCAUUCACUAUUUUCUCUUAAUUAAUAAGUAGGAAAUAUUUCAGCAUUGCUUACAAUAGAUGUGCUUUAUCUGGUCCACCAGAUUUUCUCUUCUUUCUUCAAAUCCUGCUCGCCCUUGGCUUUUUUUUUUUUUUUUGCCCUUGGCUUUUUAAGCUGACUUUAAGUCACGUGGGGAAGACAAAUGAAGGGGUGAUGGAUGCAUCGGUACACUUUAUCUUUUCACUCUCCUCGACUUAGACGCCAGGGCCAGCACAAGUGGAAUGCAGUGCACAGUCUCGUCCCAGAUGGGUCUGUAUUUGUGUCGAAAAAGAGUGAGUUACCUCCAGCAUUUACCACAGAAAAGGCUGUCUUGGGACUUCCCUGGUGGCGCAAUCGUUAAGAAUCCGCCUGCCAAUUCAGGGGACAAGGGUUCGAUCCCUGGUCUGGGAGGAUACCACAUGCCGGGGAGCAACUGAGUACGUGCGCCACAACUACUGAGCCUGCACUCUAGAGCCCGCGAGCCACAGCUACUGAAGCCCGCACGCCUAGAGCCCGUGCUCCACAACAAGAGAAGCCACCGCAAUGAGAAGCCCGCGCACCGCAAGGAGGAGUAGCCCCACUCGCCGCAACUAGAGAAAGCCUGUGCGCAGCAACGAAGACCCAACGCCGCCAAAAAUAAAUAAAUAAAUAAAUAAAAAUAAAAUGAAAAAGAAAAGGCUCUCUUUUCCUGGGAUUAAAAUGAACGUGUGCUACCUCCAGGUCAAGGUCAAGGGGAACUGGCAGAGCGGUUUGGAACAAAAGGUGUGGCCAAGGCUAGUUUUGGAGGCAUUGCAAGGAUAGUCUUAUUUCCCCUCAUUUUCACCUCUUUGUGGAAUUCUUGUUCUUGAUGCCCCCACCUUCCCAGGAACAUGUGCCGUUCUCCAGUCUGGAUUUCAGCCUAGAACCAGGCGCCCCGUCCAUGGCUGAGUCGGGCUUAUGUUUUCAAAAGAAAGCAUAUUAAAUACUCUAAAGGGAGGAACGUAUCUGUGAAAAAAACAAAAACAGAUUCCAGAGUGCAGAUAACUGGUCCUGGGUGCUUGUAAAGACAGCAGAAGCCUCUGAGGGGAGCCCCAGGCCCUGGGCUGGGCUCCCCUCCCUGUUACCUCGCCAAGCCUUGCUGUGUGGCCUCUGAGCCUCCAGUCUCCUGGCCCUAAGAACAGUCUUCAUUCUUCCCCACGCAGCAUAAAAGUGAGAGCCUGUCAGUUAGCCACUGAAAUGGACUCAUACUCUGCCUUUUCCUAGAAAACUUAAAGGAGCAACACAGAGUAUAUUUGUACAUUGAAGAGAUCUUCGUCCGUCAAAAUGCCCCUGAGUAACUCUUUCCUACUUAAAUCUGAAGGGGUUGGAGGGGAAGGGGGAGGUGUAGCGAUAUCCCCUUAGAACCAGCCAUAUGCUUAAAAUCCUGGUGGACAUUUUUCUGUCUUCCAUAGCAUCUAUCCAUCAUGAAGUGAGUGGGACAGAUGAAUUACUGGUUUAUGUAAAAAUGCCAUUUUCCAUGUCUAAUGGUUGCCUUUAAGAACUGGGGAUACUAGGGGCUUCACUGGUGACGCAGUGGUAGAGAGUCCGCCUGCCGAUGCAGGGGACACGUGUUCGUGCCCCGGUCCGGGAAGAUCCCACAUGCUGCGGAGCGCCUGGGCCCGUGAGCCAUGGCCUCUGAGCCUGCGCGUCCGGAGCCUGUGCUCCGCAACAGAAGAGGCCACAA